AUGAGAACUACUAGCUUCCUCCUCCUCCUCCUCCUCGCCGGUGCUGCUAUUCUAUACCUCGCUGUCUCACCAUCUGCAGCGCUUGGUGGGGAAUGGCAACCGAUCCCCAAUGUCGUCGACGCUCAUGUCCAAGGGAUCGGCAAGUGCGCGGUGGACGAGCAAAACAAGGUGACAAACUGCGGGCUCAGGUUCGCCAAGGUUGUGAGCGGCAAGGUUCAAAACACAGGCAGCACUACAUACCUGCUUGACGUCGACGCACUGCGGCUCGACGGCUCGGACAAAAUAUAUCAGGUGGAGGUGGUCGAGCAGAACUCUUCGGGCAGUUCCACAUGCAAGCUAGUCUCCUUUGGCCCAAACUGUUGA